ACAUUUUUUCGCGUUACGAAGUAUAGCGAAAAAUAAUUGUCCUGACGACAUGUAAACGAAUACGAAAGUGUGGUGUUACUAAGGUGAAAUUGUUAUGUAGGUUUCAGCCAAUGAAAUGUCGGUAUUGAGAAAACGUGUUCGAUUGUAUUUACGGGUGGUUAGUAAGAGUUCACUUUCUAGCGCACGCUAUCCCGAGCAAGUCGUGUUUUGGUCAUGGACGCCAGGCAGGUACAGAGUGCAAUUUCUGAAGAAGUUAAUCGAGCUGUGUCUCGUCAACAGUCGGAAUUGUUAGAAAAUCUAAAAGAUAUGAUGGACAGCCGUUUGACGGUAUUCCAACAAAACAUUCAGCAAAUUUCCACGUCUCAAAUCAGCAAAAUUGAGGAAAAUUUGAAUGAGCAUUAUGUUUUCCGUAAAAAAGGAAAUGAGAACCAAUAUAAGCAUGAAGCGAAAGAUCUAACCAAAUUGAAGGAGGCCAGGGAGCAUUUGAACAGCGACGACGGAGUGGAGUCAGCCAAAAGCAGUAUCGCUGAAGGUAUAGAAUUGGUUAAGAAUCGUCAAAAAGUUAUUAAGUUAGCCGAUUCGUCGCAGCUCGGUUGGAGAGUGGUUCAAGAGUACGAAGCCAACCCGACAGCAGACGAUUCGGAUGAUGAGAAGAAGAUGUACAGAGCACAGAUGAGGGCCGAGAGGAAAGUUUUCAACGGGAGGAAGCGAUCUAGAUUUGAACCCUAUCAGAAAAAGAAACCGGCAACAGCCACUCGCAUGGAGACUGACGAGAAGUCAACGAGCAGUGGAAAACCCGGCAGAUGUUUUGACUGCGGGGCAAAGGGGCACUGGAGUCGAGAUUGCACAAAGAAAGAUGACAAAUUAAAUAAGAUAAGUGAAAACUUAGCUGAUUUUUUAUCUAUUUCAAAUUUGGCACAUUUUAACAGGUUGGGCACACCCCACCAUUUGGUUAUUUAUCUCCCAUAUGGUGGACAAUAG